AUGGCUGUCUCUGCCCAGGGCUGUGUUCAGUGCCGGGCGGGGCACCGGGACAUCCCAGCCCGUUUCGCCCGGCUGUGUGCCCGCUACCGCCAGGUUCACGCCCGCCCGGGCUGCCCCAGCCGCCCCUGGGGCCCGGAGUCCUUCAAGGGGUUUGCCCUGGAUGAGCAAGCCAUGGAUGCGGUGACUGAGAAAACUCACCGAGUCUUGCGUCUCAUUGAGAUCAACCGGACCCUCUCGGAUCUGCCCAAGUUCUGGGACUGGCUGCGGGAAGUGAAGCUACUGGAGUACAGGGCCUCGGCCUUGGCCAUCAACUGCUCCAGCUGCAAGAAGGGGAAGGUGCCCUGCUGGGCCCUGAAAAAAUGUUACCCCGGGCGCAGGGAUCUCCGGGACUCCCUGCUGCUGCUGAGCGUCCUGUCCGCCUCCAGCCUGCUCGUGGGGGUCAUCACCUGCGCCCUGCAGUUCCGGUUCUACCCGCUGCCCGAGUGA